AGGAAUGCAGUGUAGACAUACCCUGAGAGGGUACCCCCAUUGGCGCUAGUAAUUCUGCUUCUCAUGAGGAGUCAGAGAAGUCGAUGGGAGCUUGUGCUCCUGACAACCUCCCACUGUAUGGAUGUUGCCAAAACAUGAUUUAAGAUACUUCAGCUCCAGCUAUGUAAUCAACGUGGCUGGAGUUGCGUAUCGUAAGUUGACUUUCUCCUUUACUGUAGACCAGGCCUUAGAGUGAGAAUGUGGGAGGACACAAUAUCUGAUGUGUUCAUUCAUGGUGGUUUGCAUGGCUGAAGGGAAGUACUGCAAGAUUCUAUUCUAACUUAAUUAAGCAAAGGUUGGCAAGAGUGUACAUUUCAGUAGAACCUUAAUUAUGAACAUCUGCAGAAUGGAGGUUGUUUGUAAUUCUGAAGUAUUCAAAACUGAAAAUAACAUCAUUCUUUCAAGAGUUUACAUCUGAACAAAGACUUAAAACACCUUUUAAAUUUUAUUAUGCAGAAGAAAAAUGCUGUUUUUCUUUUUAAUGCAUUAAUAGUUUACUUUUAAUAUAGUACUGUAUAUGCCAUUUUUUGGAGAGAAGGGGAGAGAAAGGAAGCUGUGAUUGUGUAGUUCUGGUUCCAAAUGAAGUGUGUGGCUGGCUGGUCAGUUCAUAAAACUGGGGUUUGUAACUUGGAGGUUCUAUUGUCAUUAGAUUUCCCCUAACCCCCAUUUUAAGAUCAUCAUAAAGUUCAGAUGGAUGCAGGGAUUAAUCAGGCCACAGGAAGAGAUAAGCACAUUGGAUUACAAAAUCAAAUUAAGCAGACAGAUUUAAAUUCUGCAGAUUAUCUUUGCCUUCCAGAGUGAAUGCAUAGUAGAACAAGUUCUUCCAAUUCAUGGAAGUGUCUACAUACUUCCUUUCUACCAUUACCUUCAUAUCAAUCUGUGAUUAAACCCACAUCCAAAUGCUUGAGCUCUGCAGCACAAUAAGUAAAUUUAUUAAAUUGUAACAAAAAGUCACUCCCUCGAUUGAGCCUGCAACUUCAGAAUUGAAAUGCUCUGUUACCUGUACUUGGAUAACUUUCUGUUUUUAGAAUAUAGGAUAAUAAUAAAAUUCUGUCAGUUCAUGUACUGACUGCGGCAGUUCCACCUCCCCCCAUGUUUUAUGAAAGUUACUUAUUGAAUAUAAAUAUGUAUAACUCAGAGAUGCUUUGAACAAAUGUUAAUGUUACAGUCUACAAGAUCUGUAUCACCUAUUUUGGUGCAUGUAUUAUUCUUUGAUGUAAAGUUAGAAAUAUGAAGGAUGAGACUGUUUACAGUUUUAAAUGUGCUAAUGAGAGCCAGUAAUGAUGCCCCCAUCCCUAAAGUCUUAAUGACUGGGUUAUCAACCGAAUGAUUUGUAAACAGCCUUGUUUGUUCUUUAAGUCCAAAGGUGGUUGGAUUAGUAAGACAUGUGACCAUACCACCUGGUACUGGGAUUCCAUUUUGACCAAGUAGUUUUCCAUGGAAGAGGGAAUGGAUAAAGUCCCAGGGGAAAGUCUAUUUAAGCAAAGAGAAGUCACCAGGUCAGAGUAAAAGAGUCCUAGACCUGAAGCUUAUGUCUAGGAAAUGAACAACUUUUUAGGGGGAGAUUAGAAGAUCUGGCCCAGCAAGACAGGGUGGUAGGGAGCCCCAGAAACCAAGAAGCUCCAUAUGACAGGAAAUGACAUGGACAUUUUGGUCAAAUAGUUUGGCUGCCCUUAGUUUCAGCCAGCAACUGGCAAAAUGGAUUAAAUGGAUUACCCCCUGGAAGGAGACAGAGCUGAAUAUUCCCUCUGGCUUUAGUAAGGAAAGAGCAGAGAUGAAAUCCGUGGACUGUGUGCAUGUCAUUCAACAGAAGGGCACCCUCUCCUUUCCUCCCGCUCUCACUGGUGCUGUUCCGGGCAGCAAAGGACUCCUCUCGAUUACAUUCCUGUGCCUUGCAGUGCUCCUGUCCUCUUCUCUUGCAGCAGUGUGUCUUUACCAUGUUCUAACACUUCAAGCAGAACUAGCAACUCUCCGCAGCGAGCUGAUCUACACAGUCCAGGCAAGGAUCCCGCCACCCCAGCACCAGGAUGAGCUUAAAGAGGGUGCCCUAUCUUCUUCCUUGCAGUUAUCAGCAGUCGCUGCUAGGCAGGAAAUCAGGCUCCCUGUUUUUGAGCCAGGUGAAGGUGAUGCAGAGAGAGGCUGGAGUAGGGGCAGAAGCAGAGAGAGAAGGUCCGUUCUGCCUGCAGAAGAAAUAGUGCUACAGGCCUGUUUGCAAUUGAUUGCUGAUAGCACAAGUAACAUUGAGCAAAAAGAUGAUUCAAGCAUUGUUCCAUGGCUUCUUAGCUUUAAAAGAGGAACAGCUCUGGAAGAGCAAGGAAAUAAAAUAUUGGUCAAAGAAGCAGGUUAUUUUUUCAUAUAUGGUCAGGUAUUAUAUACAGAUGCAACAUUUGCUAUGGGACAUCUAAUACAAAGAAAAAAAGCUCAUGUUUUUGGUGAUGAUCUCAGUUUGGUGACAUUAUUUCGUUGUAUCCAAAAUAUGCCUCUUUCUCAUCCUAAUAAUUCUUGCUAUACUGCUGGCAUUGCAAAAUUAGAAAAAGGGGAUGAACUUCAACUUACAAUACCACGGAGAAGGGCCAAAAUAUCAUUGGAUGGAGAUAGCACUUUUUUUGGUGCAGUUCGACUCCUGUGAUGCUCUUUUACAUUGCGUUUAUCUCAGUUUUCAUUUGUUUUUUAUGUAAUUGGGAUGGGGGCAGGAAAUACAGUUAGAUUGAAUUGGCAGCUUUUUUCUUUGGUUUGAUGAGCCAGCCCAAAACAGGAACCCCAGCAGACUUACUUCUGAUGUGACUGUCAUGUGAAUUACAAGAAAUAUAGGUUAUUUUAGGCAAUAGUAGAAUAAACAUAUCAGUGACUGUACAGAUACAUCUUACAGCUUUGAAGCCACUUCUUGUCCAUGAGGACUCAAUGUUAUGACUAAAUCAUUAUUCAGCAAGUGCUGAAUCCAGCAGGUGCUGAAGUAACAAAAGCAAGUCAACAAAAACACUGCUCAGAUUCACAUUAAAUUUUACAUAUUCAAUAUUAAUAGCAAAUAAGCAAACAAUAAGAAAGAAUCACCAAAGAGUAGAACCCUCAACAUACAUAUUAGUUUACAGUAAAUGAGAAAUUGCUAAGUAAUUUGCAGGCAAAUAUGAAACUGUACAAUUGCCAGCCCAGUUUUUAGCAUGGACUCUGAACUUUUAGAGGAAACUGAAAUCAGAUGCAGAAAGGGGGUUGGGGAAAGACUGACCAGUGGACGAGAGGAGAAGACAUGGGACUGGGAUAGGCAGUCCAAAUGGGUGAGGACUUGCUGGGGAAGGAGACUGGGACGAGAAGCCUGAGUGGACAGUAGGGCUUUGUCUACACUGCAGGGUUUUUGCGCAAGAAGCCUUUUGCACAAAAGCACAUCUAGACC